AUGGCCGAUGCAUCGGUUAGAACCCCACUCUUGGGCCACAUCUCCCGACAGCCGAUCAGGGACCCGCUGGUCAGGAACCUCUGGAGCGAUGUUGGGUUGAUCGCCCAAAUAGGCGUCGCCAGCCUUGUGAUAAUCGUCUGGGUCUCAGUCUUCCUUCGCCCUCUGAUCCUCUUCUCGGGCCAUCCGCUCGCGCAGAGCCUGGGCGUGCUGGCUCUGACCCAAGCCAUUCUUAUUCUCCAACCGACGCACGAGGCUGAUCAAAAGCGCGUCGGCCAACGCUCCCACGCCCUAUUGAACCUAACUUCCUUCGUCUUCUUCGUCACCGGAGUCAGCAUUAUCGAGGUCAACAAGUUCAGGAGCAGUGGCCCGCAUUGGCACUCCGUUCACGGCGUCCUUGGCAUCAUCUUGAGCAUUUGCCUUCUCUUGCAAUAUCUUGUCGGUGUUACCAUGUGGGCCGUACCGAAACUUUAUGGCGGGACCGACAACGCCAGGGCCAUCUGGAAGUACCACCGGGCCACAGGUUACAUUAUCUACUCCGGCUUGCUGGCCACGAUCUUCAGUGCGUUGUGGACCGACUACAACAAGAAUGUUCUGGGAAUCAAGUGGUGGUAUAUCUUGGUUCCCGUCCUCGCUGCUUUCGUCAGUGUGAAUUUUCGGAUUAACCUGGCAAAGUUCGGCCUCUCUGGAAACAAGGUCCAGACAAGGCAAGGAGAGCAAGCGGAAUAA